UUUGUGUUCUAGAAUUUGGCAACAAUCACAGCUUCCCUACAGAUAAAUAACAGAACCCGUCCCUCUAAACACUACAACCUUCGGUACACAAUUAGAAGACAAUUUAGGAAACAUGGACGAUAUGUCCACAAACUCGACAUGUGUGUCUACCUCAGUCACAGCUAGUCACAACAGCGUGAAUGGAGAGAUGUCUGUUUCUUCCGGUAGAGGACACAGGGUCACAUACCGGGACAGCGUCAGAGACGAGGGGGAGCAGGAAGAGCAAGAUGCGAACCAAUCAGAGGAGAGGAGGUCUGUUGUAGAUGAUGUAUUGUUGGUGGUAGGAGUACGCAAGGUGGAACUGCGCUGUAGCUGGUAUGUUCUGGCAGAAGCAAGUCGGUACUUCAGGGACAUGUUUUCGGGCAGUGACUGGAAGGAGAGCAGGGAGAAAACAGCUGUGAUCCCUGACGUGGAACAUGACGUCAUGACGCUGGUCCUGAAAGCGGCCUACGGGAUGAGGAUAGAGGAACGAGAGCUCCGGGGGAGGUUGGCGGGCCGACCACGCCCCUAUAGUCUCGUUCCCUCCUUGUUGAUAGCUGCGGACAGGUUUCAGUUCACUGAGCUGAAGGAAGCAUGUGAGCGGCGACUUAUUGCCGAACUGGACGAACUCAACUGUGUCCCUCUCUGGCAUCUCGCCAGGCGGUUCUCUGCAACAUGGCUGGAAAGCAAGGCCCUGUCCCUGAUAUCACGAGAAACUCUUAAAUCUAACGAGCUACGAAUUUCGGCUAUGUUACGAUCCAUUCGAGCCCGAUGACACUUUCACAUGAAAUGAUGAUUCCGUCUAAAUGACUCUAAAAAUGUUAACUUAGACGGACAGAUAUAAUAUCUGUUGACAACUGUCUUGUAUACAAAGUCGUUGAGUUUCUGAAGCAUUAACAAGAUUCCAUACUUUAUUUGAUGAUCCAUGUUUCCAUUGACAGCUCAUCACAAUCUCAACAAUAUCUUUCUCUCACGUAUAAUAAUCACACAGAGUACAUAUCUAUUCUUUGCUGUAGCUCUAGUAAUUCUUGUGAAAACAACAACAUGAGGGAACAAACAAACAGAAACAACAGUGUGUCAAGUGUAUUCUGUAUUCUUUCAAGAUGCAGAGAUACAUCAGUAUGUACAGAUGACCAAAAAAUUCAUCAUUAUGAAGUGAGGACAAUCACAAUGAACAUAGGAUAGCAAGUAAUUAUGCUUUCCCUUUAAAGCUUGUACAAAUGUACUUGAAAAAUACAUGUGCAAACAAAACAUGUGCCCACAUGGGGAAAAGCAGUGCUUGAUGUUUUCAGGCUUUCAAAGACAUGAUACCAUACUAUUAUCUUUCCU